GUCAUGUGAUGAUAACCAAAUGACAAUUGUUUAUGUGUAAUAGUAGAAGGAGGUUGUCAUGAUAAAGUUGGGUCAAAUAUUGUUAGUAUGUUUGGCAUACAGUUCAGUCUUGUCAAACGUAUCUUAUAAAGAAUUGUAUUUCGAACAAACAAUUGACCAUUUUAACCCUCUCUCUUAUGGCGAAAAGAAAUUUAAACAAAGAUAUUUAUUGCAAGAUCAAUGGUUUGAUAUUGUAGACAGAGGACCAAUAUUAUUCUAUACUGGAAAUGAAGGACCAAUCACUACAUUUUGGAAUAACACGGGCUUUAUGUUUGAUAUAGCUCCACAAUUUAGAGCAUUGGUCGUUUUCGCUGAACAUAGAUUUUAUGGCAAAAGUUUGCCAUUUGGAGAUGAUAGUUUUAAAGGAAACAAUAUUGGACUACUAACCAUAGAACAAGCUUUGGCAGAUUAUGCCCUGCUUAUACAUUCAAUUAAACAAACCUAUAAUGCAGGAAAAUCAGCAGUAAUUACAUUUGGUGGCAGCUAUGGUGGUAUGUUGAGUGCAUAUAUGAGAUUUAAAUAUCCUAAUCUAGUAGAUGGAGCUAUAGCAGCUAGUGCCCCGAUGUAUCUUCUAUCUAAUGUAAUUGAUCCGUCUCAAUUUUUUGUUCGAGUUACUGCGGAUUUUAAGCAGUCAAAUCCCAAUUGUUCUGUUAAUAUAAGAAAGGCUUUCAACAUUAUGGAUGACAUGGCAAAGAGUGGAGAUACAGGCUUAAAUAUGUUGUCGGAAAAAUUCAUGCUUUGUAGCAAGUUAAAUGAGACAGGUUAUAAUCAUAUGGUUGGAUGGAUUAGAAAUGCCUUUGUAUCUUUAGCCAUGUUUGAUUAUCCAUAUCCAACCAACUUUGAGUCAGAGCUACCAGCUUUUCCCGUUGAUAAGUCGUGCGACUUUAUGGUUAAUAAAGAUGACCUUGUGAAAGGAUUAGCUCAGAUUACAGCUUUGUUUUAUAAUGGUACUAAUGGUAAGCUGCCAUGUUUUGAUAUUUGGGAAGAGUAUGUGGAAUGUGCUGAUCCCAGUGGGUGUGGUCUAGGUCCCGAUAGUUUGGCCUGGGAUAUUCAGGCCUGUUCUGAAAUACCGAUGUUAUUUACUACUGAUGGUGUGCAGGAUAUGUUUCUACCUAUUAAUUACACCGCCAAAAUGAGAAACGACUAUUGUAAAACAAAAUAUGGACUGGUACCGAGAGAUAAAUGGGCGAGCGUGAACUUAUGGGGAUUUGAUGUAUCCCCCGGAUCUAAUAUAUUAUUUUCCAAUGGUUUUAAGGAUCCAUGGGCUUUUGCUGGGGUCUUACAUGACCUAGGUCCUAAUUUGACCAGUAUUAUUAUUCAUAAUGGAGCUCAUCAUUUGGAUUUAAGGGGACAUAAUACUAACGACCCUGUCGAUGUGAUUAAAGCCAGAAAUAUGGAAAUAUUAACCAUCAGACAAUGGAUUAAUGCUGUCUUUCCAAUUAAAUCACUCUGACAACAUAUUUUUACUGGAUUGUACUUUUUGUUUUUGGUUGAUUUAUGAAAGGGCAUGUUAAUUAAACAAGUUUUCAAUAAA